AUGGCCUUCGCUGGCGUGUCUCUCAUCGCCGACGGCAGGCUGUGCGCCUCCACCGAGUCCGUCUUCGACUCCGGCGCCGACAGCGGGUACCACUUGCUCGUUGUCGAAGGCUACUCGCGCACCAAAGAGACAAUUCCCAACAGGGAUUUUAUCCAGUCUCGUCCUUUCAUUGUUGGAGGCCGUCGCUGGAAGGUCGACUACCACCCGAAUGGUUAUGGCAGUGGUGACGAAGACUUCAUCUCGGUUUUCCUUGAACUCGACGAAUCUGUCAGGAGCGAAGUUCAGGCUCACGUUGCCUUCAGUUUCAUUGACCAGCCUGAGUUGCGAGUGCCAAAUCUCAUCCGUCAGAGCCAACCAUGUUGCUUCUAUUAUGACUGCUCUGAUACUGCUUAUCAGCCAGGAAGAUUUGUGACAAGGGAAGCUUUCGAACGAUCAAACCAUCUCAAGAAUGACAGCUUCGUCAUACGGUGUGAUGUCAUUGUCCUCGAUAGGAAGGACGACGAAGAUGAAGAGGAGGAGCAUGAGCGUGCUCGUCCGUUCAUCAAAUUGCCACCGUCUGACUUGCCAAGCCAUUUUAGCGACCUGCUCCUAAGCAAGGAGGGUGCUGACAUUACGUUCGAGGUUGGCAGCAAGAAGUUGGCUGCACACCGGUGCGUGCUUGCAGCCCGAUCUACCGUCUUCAAGAAACAGCUCUUUGGCUCCAUGGACAAGGGAGCUGCUGCACCAAGUGUCGUGAAGAUAGAUGGCAUCGAAGCAAGUGUCUUCGAGGCCCUGCUUACUUUCAUCUACACUGACGGACUGCCUGACUUGGAUAGAAUGCAUGUUUGUGAGGGUGGUGAAAAGGAUGCAACAUGGCUGCUGCAGUUGCUUGAAGCUGCGGAAAGAUACGAUCUCCAAAAGUUGAAGUUUAUCUGUGAAGAGAAGUUUGCCAAUCUGAUAUGCGAGAACAGGGUUGCAGACGUUAUUGUCGUGGCUGAGCGGAAACGGUGCCGCUGGUUGAAGGAGGCCUGCUUGGAGUUCAUCAAAACACACACCAGUUUGCACACGGUUUUAACGGCUGAUGGCCUGGAGCAGAUAAUCAGGACCGGCCGCCCCUCCGUUCUCCAGGAGCUCAUCUCCACCUUUGCUUCGCACAAAGGUGCAGCGGUGGGAGCUGUUGUGCAAGGCGGAAAUGAUACGGGCGCAAGUGGCCAAGCUGAAGACGGAUCGAAGAAGCGUAAGGUGGAUGCGCGGCAUAGAGGUCAUGUUGGCGGUUUCUCUAGUUUGCGUGAGUGCUGA